UUCUAUUCUACAUUAUUCAUUUAUUUCCAGGUAUUCGCUGUUCUUUGCUUGCUGGGUCUGACCCGCGCCGGUCACCUCUAUGGCGGUUACUCCGGCUAUGGCGGCUACGGUGGCUAUGGCGGCUACGGCGGCUACGGCGGCUACGGCGGCUACGGCGGCUACGCAGUUGCUCCUGCCCACUCCUACGUCGCCGCUCCCGUCGUAGCCAAAACUUACGUAGCACCUGCUCCCAUCGUUAAAUACGUAGCACCAGCCCACGCGAUCUCAUCUGUGUCCCAAUACAGCGUUCACUCCAGCCCUAUCGUCAAGUCCUACGCUCCCGUCAGCUACGUUCACUCCACCCCCUACGUCGGCCACUCCUACUCUCCCAUCUCCUACAGUAGCUACGGCGGCUACGGCUCCGGCUACGGCUACGGUGGCUACGGGAAAUACGCCUGGUGAAAUACCAAAUAAUUGAAUCUAUUUAUUGUAUUUUUUUAAGUAUCACAACUUUUAGUAGACAGUGUCAAUAGCUAUUUCAUAGUAUACUCAAAAUGAUCGAAAAAUA